UUCCAGCGUGUCCGAGAUUUGCUGAAAUGUGGCCGGGUGGCCAUUGGUGGAGAGACCGAUGAGUGUGACCGUUACAUUGCUCCCACAGUGCUGGUGGAUGUGAAGGCAUGGGAGCCCAUCAUGCAGGAGGAGGUUUUUGGGCCCAUCCUGCCCAUUUUCACUGUGAAGGAUUUGGAGGAGGCCAUCCAAUUCAUCAAUUGCGGAGAACGCCCAUUAGCUGCCUAUGCUUUCUCCUGUGAUUGCAAGGUUGUGAACCGUGUACUUGAUUGUGUUAGCAGUGGUGGCUUUUGCGGCAAUGAUACCAUCACACAGGCAACCUUGGUUACCCUACCACUUGGUGGCAUUG